AUGGCAGCGGUCGCUCAAAUGCCUCCCUCUGCCCAAUCCCAAGCUCAGAAAAAGCCAAAAACCUUUCAAGCUUAUUUGCCCUCAGGCGCUCGUACUUAUAGUUGUGCUCAUUGUCGAGCAAACCUGGCAGAUCACAACGAGUUAAUCUCCAAAUCAUUCCAAGGCAGUCAAGGCAAAGCAUAUCUUUUUAAUUCAGUAGUUAAUAUUGUUUGUGGUACAGCAGAGGAAAGAGUUUUGCUUACUGGACUGCAUGCUGUUGCUGAUAUUCAAUGUGAAUGUUGUAAGACUACACUCGGAUGGAAAUAUGAGCACGCUUACGAAAGCAGCCAAAAAUACAAAGAAGGCAAGUAUAUCAUAGAGCUAAUCCAUAUGGUUAAAGACAAUGGUUGGGCACAGCCGUGGGGUGAACGUCGAAAGAGGAAUGGCAGUUUGACUUGA